CCGACGUCCAGUCAGCGUGCGCCUGAAUCCGAGGUGAACUCUAGUCAGCAGCGAAAAAGAGCCGCUUUUCUUGUCGCUCAGAGUAUUUACAACUUCAGACUUGAGGCCAUGUUAGCGUCAUGUUCGCCGCUGCUUUCCUCUGACUGGUCUGCGCAGGCGUGAGAGGACAUGCUGGCAUCCAGAGACAUGACUGACAGUCGCGCUGUGUUAGUGCCUCUGUCGGAGUUGUAGCAAACUGAAAACUUAGCAACAGCAACAGCGAACCAUGUCGACACCGGGCAGUGCCGAGGGGGCAGCGCAGACCGGGACGAGGCCGUUCAUCAGUGGGGUAGUGGAAGGUUUUUAUGGGCGGCCGUGGACUAUGGAGCAGAGAACCGAGCUGUUUAAAAGGGAACAGAAGUGGGGUUUAAACACAUACCUGUAUGCUCCCAAGGAUGACUACAAACACAGGAUGUACUGGAGGGACCUGUACUCUGCUGAGGAGGCAGAGCAACUCAUUGCCCUGAUAUCAGCAGCUAAACAGCACGACGUCGAGUUCAUCUAUGCAAUCUCUCCCGGCCUGGAUGCUACUUUUUCCAACCCCAAGGAGGUUGCAACCCUGAAGAGGAAGCUGGACCAGGUGAAGGAGUUUGGCUGCAGGUCCUUCUCUUUACUGUUUGAUGACAUCGAGAGCGAGAUGUGUCCGGCUGAUAAGGAGGCCUUCAGCUCCUUUGCCCACGCUCAGGUGGCCAUCACUAAUGCAGUGUACCAGCACCUGGGAGAACCGGAGACCUUCCUCUUCUGCCCUACAGAUUAUUGUGCUGCAUUCUGCACUCCCAAUGUGUCUCAGUCCUCUUACCUGCACACUGUGGGAGAGAAGCUGCUGCCUGGGAUAGACAUACUGUGGACUGGACCCAAAGUGGUGUCCCACAAAAUCUCAGUGGAGUCCAUAGAAGAGGUGUCCUCUGUUUUGAAGAGGGCACCAGUCAUCUGGGACAAUAUCCACGCAAACGACUAUGACCCCCAAAGGCUUUUCCUCGGACCUUACAAGGACCGUCCCACUGAGCUGAUCCCCAAACUGAGAGGAGUGCUUACCAACCCCAACUGUGAGUUCUACCCGAACUUUGUGGCCAUCCACACUUUGGCUACAUGGUGCAAAGCAACAGCUGAUGGAGGACAGAGGGAUGUGGAAAUGGGUGAUGAGGAGCAGGACCCCUGCUACAGCCCCCAGAAAGCCCUCACCCUGGCCCUCACUGACUGGCUGCAGGAGUUUCUGAUCACCAAUCAACCUGGAGCUCGUCUCAAGAAGGAGUCGUCAGAUGAGGAGCCCAUGCAGACAGAUAUUGGAGAGAGCUCCUGUGUUCCUGGACCUGAUGAGAACCCGCUGUUUACAGCAGAGGCCCUGACCCUAAAUGACCUGAAGCUGCUGUCGGACCUCUUCUACCUGCCGUACGAACACGGGCCGACGGCCAGGACCAUGCUGCAGGAGCUGGACUGGCUCAAGAACCACAGUCAGGCUGCCGCUGCAGAAUCAGACGAGACAGCGCAGUGGUGCUCAAGAGCGCAGCAGUUUGAUGACAUGUGCGAAGCGGUGGUGCAGAUGUUCAACCGUCUGUCAAACGCCCCGAACCGCAGCAUUCUGUACGACCUCUACAACUACAUCUGUGACAUCAAGAGUGGGGUCGGUCUGGCCCGAGCCUAUGUGAAAACACUAGGAGGGCAGCAUCACCCCUCAGCCCAGCUAAUGAACGAUGAUCCUGAACCCUGGGGCUUCAGAGGAGGCCUCUCCGGAGAGUUCCAGAGGAUGCUGCCUUGCCAUGGAAACAGGGACCUGUUCAGGCACCCUCCCAUGACAGAGGUUUACUGCAUACGGCCGUACUGCCCUGAGGACAAGAUGGAAGUGCAGAGGAUAUUUGGGGAGAUGCAGAGUGCAGGAGGGGGCAAAGACCCCCUGAUGACGCAGCCUCCACUUAUAUGUGAUGGCCUGCCAGCGGGUGAGCUCUCCCCUUCCCCUCAGUGUGCUCUUGUCCUGGAGGAUGAAAUUGGGGUGUGUGGUUACGCUCUGGCACUAAUUGACGCCAAACCAGCCGCAGCAAAGAUUCAGAGGGCAGUAAGCGAUUCAGUGUUGAAGGAAUUCCCCUCCCUGGUCACAGUACAAGUGCUUCCCAGGGUCACUGAUCCCUCUCCAGCAAAGCGUAUGAUUGGUCAUCUGUUGUCGUCCAUGAGGAGCAGCGGUUCCAGAGGAGCCUUCUGUGAGUUGAGGCAGAGCGAUCGGAGGAUGCUCGACUUGUACGCCAAACACGGCUGCUUCAAGCCCAUAGAAAUGGCUGGUCUACCUCAAAACAUUGUUGCCAUGGGAACAAGCCUGUGAACAAGGAUUUGCAUCAGGUUUGAAAUGUUUUGAGCUCCUGGGAUGCAACUGUUGUGUGAAUAACUGCUACAUUUGCACCUUGUCAAAUUGGAACCUAGUUUUUAACCAGCUUAUAUCAUUCUUCGUGUAAUUUAGCAGCCAUCACAUGACAAUAGUCAAAGAAAUGCUUAAUGAAUUUGUGUAACAAAGUGUUGUAUGGCGAUAAAAAGUGUAAUGUAAGAACUGCUGAUUUUAUAGACAUGAAAAAUGUAAACUGUAUAGGGAUUAUUUUUUAAGAUAAAAAUGUUGAAAACAUGUCCAUAAACAACCUGAAGUUUCUGAUUUGUUGCAUAUAUCAGACGCUUCACUGUCGGUGGCCGACGUAUUUUAAAAAGUAAUACAACAAACAUUCAAACAAGAGUAGAUCUUUUAAUUAUUUGUUUUGACAGGAUACAAAAGGAGUAUAUGAAUUAGUAAUCUUUAAAUAAAACAGCUGGUGUUUCACUUGAUCUCAGGCU